AACGGAGACGGUCGUUCCCGGCUUGUGUGAGAGGAAGUCAUCAUAAAGGGUACAAUUUCUGUCAUUGGCAGAAUGCAUUCGCCUCAUCGCACGUGCACCCUCGUCUUGAAUUUAUAAGAUGGUUACCGCCGUCCGCGUCCGAACGUUGAAACCUCCUCUUUCUCCUCCUCCACCACCUUGAACAGACAACUCACGUAUUACAUAGAUAGUUAUAAUGAGCGGACGGUUGGCGACUGGUGAGUGAAGCGUUCAGCGCAUAUACCCAAUCGAUGUGCGAUCGGAGUGCGGGGCAAACUUUGCUACCCCUAGAGAAUAAUACUCCGCCUGGAAGAAACUCCAGGAUCUAUACGAUACCGAGCACAACCGUCUCGUCCUCAGAGAUCUCUUCGCAAAGGAUCCUCAGCGGUUCCAGAAGUUCAACAGGGAAUAUGUCUCCCCAGAUGAUGCCUCCACCACUUUCCUCCUCGACUUUUCCAAGAAUCUCAUCACCGAGCCCAUCUUCGCUGCUCUUCUCGAUCUCGUGCGCGAAGCCCAAGUCGAAGAGUACCGCGAGAAGAUGUUCGCAGGAGAGCACAUUAACACCUCCGAAGAUCGUGCCGUGCUUCACGUCGCUCUCAGAAACUUUGACGAAUGGAAGAUCCCCGAGUCGGGUGUGAACGAAGUGGACCAAGUCCUCGCUCAUAUCAAGGAGUUCUCUGAGAGCGUCAGGAGCGGAGAGUGGAAGGGAUAUACCGGCAAGUCUAUCAACACCAUCGUCAACAUUGGUAUCGGUGGUUCCGAUUUGGGUCCCGUCAUGGUCACCGAAGCUUUGAAGGCAUACUCCAAGCGCGAUCUCACUGCCCACUUUGUCUCUAACAUUGACGGUACCCACCUCGCCGAGACGCUCCGUCUGUGCGAUCCCGAGACCACUCUGUUCAUCAUUGCUAGUAAGACAUUCACUACCCAAGAGACCAUCACCAACGCCACGAGUGCCCGAGACUGGUUCCUCUCUACUGCUAAGGACAAGGUUCACGUCGCGAGACACUUUGUCGCACUGAGCACCAAUACCAAAGCUGUCACUGAAUUCGGCAUCUCCUCUGAGAACAUGUUCCAAUUCUGGGACUGGGUCGGCGGCCGAUACAGUUUGUGGAGUGCCAUCGGGUUGUCCAUCGCUAUCGUCAUCGGCUAUGCGAACUUUGAGGAAUUACUCAAAGGUGCCCAUGGUAUGGAUAAGCAUUUCCGGUCUGCUCCCCUGGAGCAGAACUUGCCUGUGAUCUUGGCGGUCCUGGGGAUCUGGUACAACAACUUUUAUGGAGCACAGACUCAUUUGCUCUUGCCUUAUGAUCAGUAUUUGCACAAGUUUGCAGAUUAUUUCCAGCAGGGGGACAUGGAGUCUAAUGGUAAGUCGGUGACGAAGAAUGGACAACAAGUGGCCUACCAGACUGGCCCCAUCCUCUGGGGAGCAGCUGGAACGAACGGCCAACAUUCGUUCUACCAACUUGUCCACCAAGGCACGAAGCUCAUUCCUGCAGACUUCCUUGCUCCUGCUAUCUCGCAUAACCCCAUUGCCCACUCCCUUCAUCACCGCAUUCUGCUCAGUAACUUCUUUGCCCAACCCGAAGCUCUGGCCUUUGGUAAGACAGAAGAGGAAGUCCGCAAAGAAUUGGGUCCGAACGCCACAGAACCGCUCGUGAAAUCAAAGGUCUUUGGCGGGAACCGACCUAGCAAUAGUAUUCUCUUCCCCAAAUUGACUCCAUCCACUCUUGGUGCUUUGGUCGCCCUUUACGAACACAAGAUCUUCACUCAAGGUGUCAUUUGGGGUAUCAACUCGUUUGACCAGAUGGGUGUUGAGCUUGGAAAAGUCCUCGCGAAGAAUAUUCUGGCGCAGUUGGAGAAACCUGAGGAUGUCCAGGGACACGAUAGCUCGACGACUGGUCUGAUUCAUUAUUAUCAAAAGCAUCGCAAGGAGUGAAGGGUUCGUUCGUAUCGGCAUAUGUCUUUGCAUUUUGAACGUUAUGAAGGGCCGCUAUGAGUGAAGAAAGAAGUAAAGAAAGAAGCUUAAUAGAGCGCCAUUGCAAUUGUAUAUUUGGACCGAACGGAAUAUCACAUCCUAUAGCUCGUCAGGAUGACCCUGCAAGUUGCUGCGAAAUCGUGCACCGGCCCCGUACUAGGUUGUAUUUCAUUCAUUUCCACGUCAUUGAGAUUGUAUCUACAUUGCUUUACAACAAGACUGUAUAUGUACCUGACUUAUUCACAUGUGCUAUCGCAAAAUGAACGUCACCUGAGAUGAACUGAGACCGUAAUAUGCCAUGUAAUCGAGCCUUGGGCCCGGGGCAUGAAGAUCGACACAGGAACACGAGAGAAAUGAAGAUGUUGGAAUGAAAAACAUUGACGAAGACACAAGCAAAAGGUGAAUAAACGGUGGAUAGUAUGUCAUGAAUGUGUAUAUGAAUGAAGACGGGUAGGAUGGAGGGGAUGUCGCAGCGGAGAGG